AUGGCUGAUCAGCAGUGGUCGACUGCGUUCAAUGCGAACGUCUGGAAUGGGGCCGUACAUGCACGUGCAGACCAUUCCGUCAGUAAGCCGAUUAUGGUCGGCGGCAACAACGCCAGUCAAGCCGCUUCUCCUCGAUCAGAAUCUUAUGGUCCAGGCGUUCUACAAAUGGUCGUAGACAAUGUCCUGAGUGGUUCUCCGGCGUCUGUCAACACAAAGCACUUUAUGCCACAAAGGAACGACGUAUCGAUGCGUUUUGUGGAGCGCAGCGAUUUCCCUUCACGUACUGGUAACGAAGACAAGCGAUCUGACGUCGGUGGAUUGGGACUCCCACUCUCAUACGCUGUUCCCGUGUUCAAUACGACAUCGGAAGGCCAUGUGGGGACGCCUGACUUCCAGAUCACUCCGUACCUGGUACAAGGUGGUCAUGUUAUCGGCGGCACGACCACACUGCCGAUGCAGUCGAAGGCGUCCGGUGCAGGUGGUUACGGCUACGGCUCCUGGAGUACGGUAUACCCAACGAAUCAUGCGCUCACAACGCCUUCUAACAUCGAAAAUUCACAAAAUGGUGAGCUGCUCUGA